CUGCUGCAGUAGAGUUCAGUGCUGUUUAGAGGAACUUAGGUAUCGAUACAUUCAAAUACUUUGUUUACAGCUACAACAUGAGGAUGAUGCAACUUCAGCUCUUUCUACUCAUAUGGUGCCAAGCUGCGGAGACUUUCACUGAUCAACUAACAGAUUUGGGACAAAAUGUGACAAUAAACUGUGAUCUCAAUGAAAAUGACAUUUAUUGGUUUGUGUUGAAACUAUAUUCUCCUGUUUUGGUAUUACGUUCUUUCUCAAUCUCAACAACUCCUUUUCACUACAAUGAAAGAUUCAGACACAAAUAUUCAGUGCAAACUAAACAUCGUCUUUUUAUAAAUGACGUCACCAUUGAUGAGUUAGGAGUUUAUUACUGUAUGAACACAGACGCACCUCCAAAAUUUGGCAAAAGCACAAGACUACACAUUAUUGAACCAACUCAACUAACUGAGUUUGAUGAAUUCCAGAAUCAUACAGUAUUAAUGUAUAUUCAAAAGAAUCAGACAGAAGUCAGAUGUAUUCAGCAGAAUCAGUCACCAUGGCAGACUCUUACACUCAUAUCUGCUCUGAUGAAUGGUGUUCUGCUCAUUGUGGUCAUUGGACUAUUAAAGGCUUUUGUUGUUGGAAAUAGAAGAUCUGCAGAACACUCCCAACAACUUCACAAUACUGAUCUACAGCAAACACAAGUUAUGUCUCAAAACAUUAAUCAGUUGCAGUAUGCUGAGGUGGACUUUUCAAAGCUGCGUAAAAAUAUCCCGCCUUGCCAAGCCAACUGCACCUAUGGUGCUCUAAAGCUGCCAACAUCUCAAACCGAAGUGUACUGUACAACUGAUCAAGUUAAACUGACUUCAUAGUGUUUAAAAAAACAAACAACUGAAACUUUGUGGCUCUCCGAGUGCACAUGCUUAAAAGUGGGUUAAAUGUGUGCACUGCAGUGUGGUUUGGCUUGCUUCAGGUGUUGUAACAAAAAAAAAAAAUAAUUUCCCUUUUGACAAAUACAAAAAAAAAAAGUGUUGCAUGAGAGGGUUUAAACUUGAACACAGUGAAGAGUUUUAUUCUUUGACCUUUGUGUUGUUAGCAGUGCUCUUGAUGUUUGUGUUGUGCCAUUUUAAGAAGUAUUUAAGGGAUAGCUGACCCCUCCCCCCCCCCCCAAGAAAAAGACAAUUCUGUUAUCAUAUACUAGCCCUCAUGUUGUCCAGUGUAAUUUUCUUUCUUCCGAUGAACACAAAAGGAGAUGGAAGGUUCACCAUACACAAUUUGAGAUCACAGUCUCAGUCACCAUACACAUUCAUUGCAGCUCUUUUCCAUACAAUGUAUGUGAAUGGUGACUGAGGUUGAUUUUCAUCAUUUUAAUUUUUUGGUUAAAAAAGGAUAGUUCACCCAAAAAUGAAAAGCCUCUCAUAAUUUACUCACCCUCAUGUCAUCCCACAUGUGUAUGACUUUUUUUUUCUUCUG